UUUUUUGUUCAAUCAUGGAUCGAUUUUUAGAACCCAAGAGCAUCUCAGAAUUUAAAGACUUGAUCGGUCAAGAUAAACUUGCGUUUGUUCAAUUCACAGCCAAGAUGUGUCAUCCUUCUGAUAUGAUAAAAGGUUAUCUUGAUCAACUCAUAGAAAAGCAUCCAAAUGUUGUAUUUGUCAAAGUAUAUGUGGAUCAACAUACAGACAUUGCUUCCGAGUACAAUGUGACAACUACACCAAAUUUUAUGUUUUUCAAAAAAGGCCAAAAACUUGACGAGAUUGCUGGUAUUGAGCAUAAUCAAAUAAGUGCCACCUUUGCUAGUCUGACAGACUAAAAUCUGGGUUUUUACACCAUUUCCAGAAAGAAGAGUCGCGCUGACUUGUUGCUUUUUCGUAUAAAUUGUAUUAUAAAAAUUGCAAAAAUGCGAUUUUACUUUCUGAA